GGCAUUUUCUGGAGCUGACCAAUCAGACAGUAGUUUAGUCUAAGCGUAUCCAGUACAUAGAGAGAGAGAGACCUCGUUGGACCAAUUGGACUUUACGUAUUACGAUUUAACGCUUUCGGAUAUUGAGUCUUGUCCCCAAGUUGUGCAACGCGUUGGUAUACGGGAGAGUAAGAGAGCUGUGCGCAAUAAGUGUGUUUAGUGUAUUGCGUUGAAGUUGCGCGAAAGCGUGAUGGCGCUGAGGAGGUAUCAGGUGGUGCCUGGCGGCGGGGAGAGUAGCGAUAGUGAUGACGGCUGGGAUAUGGGGGAGGCACGACAACAAGACGAGCUAAUUGAAAAGAAUCCAGUAAAUGAAAGCACUGAAGAUAUAUUCAAAAAAGCUCUUACUACUGGAAAUGUGAAAAUAGUAGAACAACUUUUAAAUUCAGGUUUGAAUGUGGAAUGCUGCUUUCUGUUUGGAUGGACUCCAUUAAUGUAUGCAGCUAGUGUAGCAAACCUGGAGAUGAUACGUCUUCUUCUGGACAGAGGUGCAAAUGCAAGCUUUGAAAAAGAUAAAUUCUCAGUUCUUAUGGCUGCAUGUACUGCUCAGGCUGGAGAAGAAAAGAUUGUGAAAUGUGUAGAUCUACUUCUCUCAAGGAAUGCUGAUCCAAAUAUUGCGUGUCGGAAGCAAAUGACACCAAUUAUGUAUUCAGCUCGAGAAGGGCACCUUCAAGUGGUUUCACUUCUUGUUGCACAUGGAGCAGAUAUAAAUGCACAGGAUGAAAAUGACUAUACAGGGCUAGCAUGGGCAGCACAUGAUGGGAGGAAGAAUAUGGUUUUGAAGAUGCUGGAAUUGGGAGCUGAUAAAACUUUGUCAACAAAAAAGGGGGAGACUCCUGCAGAAAUUGCAAGGAAAUUAAACCAUUUGGAGAUUUUCAGCAUUCUUUCAUUUUCUGCAAAUUCGGGUCAAGGGAAGAUGACCUUAAACAAAGAGGAGGCUAUCUAUAGAUAUCUAAAAAUUCAGCCAGACCAGGAGUUGAAGUAUACAAAUAGUUACUCAACAUCUAGUGAUCUAGAAGUGUUUUUGUGUGGCUUGGAUCUGGAACACCUGACAGAACUUUUUAAGGAGAAUGACAUAACGCUAAAGCAACUUUUACAUUUUAAGGAAGAAGAACUUAAAAAGGUUGGUGUUUGCUGUGAAGUGGAUUGUAAGAAAAUUGUUGGAGCUGUGAAAGAAAUUCAAGUCGAUGAUGCAAAGCCUGAGGAGUUUCCUGCAUUUCUAAACUUAGAAUCCAGCAGUGAUGAGCUUUUUGCAUUUCUUCUCAAACUUAAUAGACAGUGCAACUGCCUUACCCAUACAGUCAGGGCUGUUAAUGACCAGAUACCUUUGAAUCCACAGAAUAUUGUUAUGGAGUGGGACUAUACACAGAACUUCUCUUCUGUGUGUGAGGAUAUUGUCACAAGUGUUGCUGAUCUCAGCAAAGAAACAUGCAGUUUAAAGUUGCUUUUGAAUAAGUUCAAGAACGGGCAAAAGAGUACACCGUGUCGUGUGCCACCCCUGGAAGAACAAACUGGAUGGAGGAAAGACCGAGUGCUGAAAAUGUCUGCUAUAAUGUUGUUAAGCUUUGGUUUAAUAAGCUUACUUGUCAAGGUUAAUGGUAAAAAAAACAUGAUGAAUCAGUAAGUGUGAAACAGAAGACUUGAAAAAGAGAAAGCAUUCAGAGGCAUACAUUAAUUGUUCCGAGUUCUAGCGUGGUUUUGAUGUAAAGAGUCUGUUAAAAAGAGUUUUUUGUUCAUACAGAAAUAUGGUAUAUAGUACAUUUAUUCGACAUAUUCCAUGGAGAAUAAUGCAUUUUUUUUCAUUUAUAAGGAUUCAUUUACUGUGUAUACAUAUUGGUAUCUUCCAGGUUUUAGUUAUAUAUUUAAAAUAUCCCAUAGAGUAGCAAAGGGUUACUUUGAAUUUGGGAUUCAUUAUGUUUGUAUUAUCUUUUCCUAUCCUUUAAACAUUUCGAAUUGUGCCUACAAUUAGACCAAUGUGGUCUAGAUGUAAUUUUUACUUUAAAUAACUGAUUUCUUUAUUCUGUAUCUUUUAAUAGCUCAUUAAAUAUUUAAAUGUU